UCUCUUUGCUUCUUGGCUCAUUCCUCCUCUUCUCAACACUUCAUUCCUUCCUUCUUUAAGCACUUCACUUGUCUCCCUCUUUUUAUGUCUUACUAGCUGCAAAGGUCAAGAGCUUUGCAUGCAUUUAACCUAAGUAGUUGUGUAGUGAUCAUGAUGGCCGAUCAAGGUGGUAAGAGUUUGAUAAGGGAAUAUAAGAAAGGUAACUGGACAGUUAGUGAGACUAUGGUGUUGAUUGAAGCAAAAAGAAUGGAUGAUGAGAGGAGAAUGAAAAGAAGUGAUAGUGCAGAAGGGAGAAGCAAACCGACAGAGCUUAGAUGGAAAUGGGUUGAAGAUUAUUGUUGGAAACAAGAGUGUUUGAGGAGCCAAAACCAGUGCAAUGACAAAUGGGAUAAUUUAAUGAGAGAUUACAAGAAAGUUAGAGAUUAUGAGAGGAAAAUUGCUGAGACAGGAGAAAGGAAUGGGUCUUACUGGAAGCUUGAAAAGAAUGAACGAAAAGAGAGAAACUUGCCUAGUAACAUGUUGCCUCAGAUAUAUGAGGAAUUAGUGCAGGUUGUGGAGAGGAGAGGUGGUCAACAGAGGAUGCUUACAGCUGCUGGUGGGUCAGGUUCUAAUCCUAACACAGGCUAUGUGGUAGAGAGACCAAUAACUGAUGUUCAGCCUUCAGUACUGCCUCCUCUUUUGCAGCAUCAGGUCUCAGCUGCUCCAACUCCUGCAUUACCUCUACCUCCUCCCCGCCCACCACCAUCACAACAACCACAAGCUCAACCACCUCCUCCAAUCCAAUUUCCUGAGUCAUUUCGCACAAUGUGUGAUAGCUCAGAUUCUGAUACAAGUGAGUAUUCAGACUCGCCAGCAAAGAGAAGGAGAAGAGGCGGUGAAGGUGGGGAAGGAACCAGUGGUGGCACUGCCAGUGCAAGCACCUCACAAGAAGUGGGCACUGCCAUUUCCAAAAGUGCUUCUAUCAUUGCAGAAGCAAUUCAGGCCUGUGAUGAGAGAGAAGAAAGAAGACACAGAGAUCUCUUGAGUUUGCAUGAGAGAAGACUCAAGAUCGAGGAAUCCAAGACAGAAAUCAACAGGCAAGGCAUUAGUGGUUUAGUUGAUGCCAUUAACAAGCUCGCUAAUUCAAUCCUUGCUCUCGCUUCUCAUAAGAACCAGUCAUCAGGUCCAAAAUAAUAAUACUCCUAUUAUUGUUAUGAUCACUUUAAUCAGUGAGUAAAAACUUUCAUCUACUCACUUUGAUCAUCAUCAUUAUUGUUAUCAUUAAUCCCAUUUUCAUUGUACAUCAUUCAUAAUCUUAUGUAAUCUAUGUCAUUUUUAGACCCAUCUCCAUGAAUUAUCACUCUACUUAUCCUUUUGAAGUUUAUAACAUAUUAUGUGU